UGAUUGUGUCGUAUGCUAAAAGGGACAGGUUGUAAAUAUCUGGAGGCAGACUGAGAGAAAUGGACAUGCUGGGCAUCUGAGGUCACGACCUUCCUGCUCAAAACCAAAUGGCCUGGUCACGUGAGACACUAAUUAUAAGAUGGCAUGAUUACUGUAGUUAGUAUGUGCCAAGGGUGAACAAUAGCAUAAACAUGUUCCUAUCAACCAGCCGGGCCUUCAGGCGUCCUAAUGGACCAGGACAGAGUCAGCCAAACAUCCAGCCUGGCCACCAUUUCCUACUUUCCUGUCAUACAGGAAAGCGAUGGGAAGGUGCAAACAUUUGGCAAAAGAUGUCAGGCUGCCAAGAGAGACCCGAACUGCUCUGUGGUUAUCAGAGGAUGGCUCAACAAAAAAGACAGCUCUGGUUUGAAGCUGUGGAAGAGAAGGUGGUUUGUCCUCUCCAACUACUGUCUCUUUUACUACAAAGACAGUAGAGAAGAAUCUGUGAUGGGCAGCAUCCCACUCCCAAGCUACAAAAUCCUGUUCUGCACACCACGAGAAUGCAAGAACAGAAAGUUCACCUUCAAGGUGGUGCACCAGGGAAUGCGCUCUUACUUCUUCAGCGCUGACACUCAGGAGGACAUGUUGGGUUGGGUCCGAGCCCUCAGUCAGUCUGCUGCUAUGGAGCCAAACAGCUCUCUGAACAGGCGUUGCUCAAGUUAUCAAGAUUUCACACAGAUCGGUGACAGCAGUGAAUCAGUGGACUUCCCUAAAUCCCCCUCUGAUGGAGAGGGUCUCUCGCAAAGACACAGGCACGUCAGCAGGACUCUGAGCGAACCGAGCCACCUCACCAGUGGGAGGACGGGGUCAUCGCGCUCAGAGCAGAGGGGGAGGCGGAGUGUGCGUCAGAGAAACAGCAGAACACCCAGCCCGCCUGAUUUUAGCAGAAGAAGAGCUUGUGGUCCACACCAAGAAGAAGAUUCUCUUCCCGGCCAAAGCACACCACCCCUGCAGUCAGAAAUGAUUGGAUCAGGUUCUUUGACCUCAAGAGGUCAGCUGGGGUCACGACCUCACACACCGGUGGGAAGGGUUGACAUUCGACCUAAUGAUGAGACGCUCAUGGGGCCACAAAGCCUGUACUACGCACCAGCCUCUCCUCAGCUGGAGUUCAAAUCCACUCCCAACACUCCAGUCACUGAAAGGUGGCAAAACAUAACCAAGCCUAUACCCACCUACGGGUCUGUGCAUCACAUCUCGAGUGGGAGACGACCUUUAGCAAAGAGCUUCUCCACAGGGGCACAUGCAGACUUACUGCCCCCUUUGCCCCCCUCAUCGAGAGCCACACAUGCUCCCCACCACCCACACCACCACCACCACCACCAUCACCACCAUCACCGCAGCAAUUUAUCUGUUUGUGUGCUACCGCCAGCUAUGGCCGCGAUGCCCGACCCGAGGGAAAUCCCAGCAAUCAGGCCUCUUGAAAGUGAUGCAGACGUUGUGUUGACGAGGUUGUGUGGGUGUGACAAGCUGCUCCAGUCUCUGUCUGUAGAACUGGCCCAGCUGCAAAUGGAUAAGGACAGCGUCCAGUGUGCCUUAGAGGUGUCCAGACUGCAGCUGGACGAAUGGAAAAGCCAGGGGCCCAGGGUCCAGGAAGAACCACUGACCCAGAAAGCAUUGCUCCAGGAAGAGCUGGUCACAAUCCGGGCCAGAAUGUGUGAUGUAUCAUUGGAAAUGGAGAGAGUGUGGAGUCAAUAUGAGAGGAUGGAGAGUGAACUGUCUGUUAUCCGUUCACACCUUCAACACAUAUGUAACUUUGGAGUGCCACAGGACCAGUCUCAGGCCCAGAGAGAGCUGUGGAUGAUGGAGGACAUCCUGGCUGGACUGAAGAUUAACAGGGAUCACUUCCGCUUCCUGCUGGGACUACAGAGGCACAUGUUCCAGCCGACGUCUCCACAUCCUGGAUCCCCUGGCUCUCCCACAGAGAGGCUGCAGAGUGGACUGCCAAUGGACGUGGAACAAGAGCCUCCACUCCGCCCACCGUUACCUCAGGAGCUAGAGGAAAGCCACCAUGGCAGGGAUCAGGGCCAGGCCUGGACAGAGUCGCCAUAUGAGGGAAUCUACAGCCACACUGUUGAUCCUGUACACAGAACACAGCCCGACCUCCUUAGUGUGAAAGCACAGAAAGACGCAUUCGAAUCUGGUUCAAAGUGGAUCCCACCAGAUGCAACGAACCAAUCAACCAAGAAGAUGAAGAUGACUGAAGAAGAGCAGAUUGAGCGGAUAAAGAGGAAUCAGGAGAGGUUGACUAAUAGGAAGAAACCCCCCAUACCCCCUCCAGGUCAAAGUUCAGAGACAAGAGAGGAGGCCCCCUUUCCUCUAAGGGUGACACGAGUUGUUACAGCUGUUCUGCCGUCCUCUCUUGUGGCCAGAAGGGUUUCUGUUGAGGAUCCCCCGCCUGAGCUCGACACCCCACUGCCCGAGCAGAUCCCGCCUGAGAUGCAGCAAAGACUGGCCGAGCAGAGUAAAAAAAUGUCGAAUAAGCCACAAAGGCGUCUGUUGCUGGAGGGUCCCGAUCAAAAGCAUUCCUCGGCAGAGAUGCACCAAAAUCAGGCUGUUAAAAAGACAAACAGGCAGCAGCAUCAGGGAGUACUGAGGUCCAGCAAGAAGGAGUCACGGGCAGAAGAGAGCUCAAGGAAUCUGGUUCAAGACCAAGCAGGUUUAAGAAAUCUAAGUGAGAGCUUGGAUGUCAAGACGGAUGAAAGGCCCUCCGCCUUCCUGACCUCUGACAUGAACCCUGACCUCUGUCUGACCCCGGAGCAACGAGAGGCCAAACUUCGUCGUGUGGAACGAAUCAGGGAGAGAGUCAUAAGAAGUGCAGUCAGACAGAGUGCUACUACACACGAUCAACUGCCAAUCAGGGGGGAGAGGCAGGAAGUUCCCCCUGACACAGCUAGAAAACAAAGGAUAAAAUCAGGCCAAUCGAUCCUACGAUGGCUAUGGAAGCUGUGAUCACAUCAGAGGUCCUGCAGACCGUCAGCUGUCCAGCGGAACAUCUCAGGAUGAAGAUGAAAGAGAAAGACAUGUGAACAAAUCUAAAAGUCAAGUGAAAGUUGGG